AUGAUGCGACCAGCAUCAAUCCGACUUCGUCCAUCACAGUCCAAUUUCAGAAAAUGGUAUUCCACCAUUCCAAACACCUCAAGUCGUAAAGGCGUCAGACAAUUGGUUAUUGGCUCCCUCCUGAGCUUUGGGGCUUUGACAUCGUUCUAUCUUUUCUUUCCCGAUGCCUCCCGCGGCGCACCAACCAUCAAGCACGGAAAGCUAUCGCCAUCCCAUUUCACACCCUGCACAAUUUCUUCUAGUGAACCUUGUGGUCCUUACGCACGUCUUAUAACCCUGAGUGUUCCAACAAAACUCCUUCCGGGUCCAGAUGAACAACGCUUUCCUUCGAUAUGGUCCGUAUUCAUUAAGGAUGAUGACAUUCAGGUUGAGCGGCCCUAUACCCCUCUGGAAGGAGUGGACGCUGAAGGCCGCAUGAGCUUCUGGAUCAAGAAAUAUGAGCAUGGCGAAGUUGGUCGUUGGCUGCACUCCAAGAAAGUCGGUGAUGAGAUUGAAAUCAGAGCGCCACUGCAGACAUGGCUUUGGAAGGACGAUAAUGUAUGGGACGAGGUUGUAAUGAUCUCUGGGGGAUCCGGAAUAGCUCCAUUCUUUCAACUCUUUCAUGAAAUAAUAUCGCGUGGAGUCUCAUCAAGGACACGAUUCACCCUCCUUCACUCCUCACGCUCUCCGUCUGAGCUUCCGCCUUCCAAAAUACUACAACGCUUGUCUUCCUUUGCAUCUGAGAAUCCAGAAAGAUUCAAAUUCCGCGUUUUCGUGGAUACAUUGGACUCGGAGGAGAAACAAAAAAUGCAAUUGAACGUAGGACGUAUCAACGAAGCAGCUCUCUUAUCGAGUCUGAAGGAUCAAACCACAUCUUCAAAAUGGCUAAGAUGGCCCUAUUCAAGGCCUAUCGAGGCUAAAGUUGACGUGCGGAAAACGCUGUUUUUAGUGUGCGGACCGGAACCAAUGGUCGCUACAAUAUCGGGUCCUUAUGGUAGAAAUUUCUCUCAAGGACCCGUAGGUGGUGUUUUAGCAAAGCUGGGCGCAACAUCAAGUCAAGUAUACAAGCUUUAG